UGAUGUACACCGGCAUGUGGCAGAUAUAAUACGGGAAAUUGGCACGAUGUCAACUGUCAAGGAUACUAUACUCAUUGAAGGUUGCUGUCGGUCGGAUUAUCGCCGCUGCGCUUGGAUGGAAAUCAGGACUCAGGAGAACGUUCAGAUCUGUCUGUCACAGCAGCAGCGGAUGGAUUGAGACUGCUUUUCCUCUCGUAAAUUUGUAUUUGUGUUUUGUUUACACUGAGAUAAAAUAGGGAUAUCGUGGAUAUGAUGAUUGAAUUUUCCCGUUGUACGGAAUAAUGAUUCGUUCAUUUCGUUUUGGAAAUAUUUGUGUUUGAAAACAGCAAGGAUUAGACAUGGUGAACAAAUUUGUCUUGCCUCUCGCAGUAGUUGCAAGUCUAAUCACUCUUGGAUUGUCUGGUACACCGGGAAAAAAAGCAGUGACAAACAAUUCAGGGGUGACUCCAAUAGGCCAAUGUGGCACCUGGAUAAAGGAGGCUGAGGGAGGCCUGUUCACCUCCCCCAACUACCCCCAAAAGUACCCACCAGAGCGAACAUGUAUUUAUAUCAUUGAAGCUUCACCAAGACAAUGCAUUGACCUCUUCUUUGAUGAGAAGUAUUCAAUUGAGCCUUCAUGGGAAUGUAAAUUUGACCACAUUGAAGUCCGCGAUGGGCCCUUUUCCUUCUCCACUUUAAUUGGUCGAUACUGUGGCCAGGAAAGCCCUUUGUAUAUUAAAUCAAGUGGGCGAUACCUGCAUAUAAAGUUUGUUGCAGACGGCGAACUGGAGGCAAUUGGAUUUUCAGCACGCUAUAACUUCACUCAAGAUCCUGAAUUUAAAGACAUGGGUGUCCUACCGCCUCUGCCUUUUUGCGAAUUUGAUCUGGGUGGAUCAGAUGGGAUCAUUGAUUCUGCAGCAAUACUCAAAGAUGGCAAAGCCUUGCAGACAGAGGCUGUGGACUGUAGGUGGUUCAUUCGAGCGCCACCAAAAGGAAGGAUCUAUUUGCGAUUUUUGGAAUAUGAGAUGCACAACUCCAAUGAGUGCAAACGUAACUUUGUGGCUGUGUACGACGGGAGUAGCUCAGUGGAGCACCUGAAGAACAAGUUCUGCAGCACAGUUGCCAACGAUGUCAUGUUGGUUACCUCGGUGGGGGUCAUACGAAUGUGGGCUGAUCAGGGCAGCCGAAAAAGCCGCUUCCGGAUGCUUUUCACAACCUUCCUAGAGCCUCCAUGUGAAGCGGAGGCUUUCUUUUGCCAUAGCAACAUGUGUAUCAACACCAGCUUAGUGUGCAACGGGAUCCAGAACUGUGUCUACCCCUGGGACGAGAACAACUGCAAAGAGAAGAGGAAAGCCAGCAUCUUAGACAAUAUUGACCACACCAAUGUCACAAUCAUUCUAGUCACCUGUGGUCUGGUGGUUGUCCUUCUCAUUGUGGCAAGUAUCAUUCAAGUUAAACAGCCACGCAAAAAAUACAUCAUCAGGAGGGAUGACUUUGACCCCACAUUGCUCCAUGAGGCCUUUGAGCCGCCACAUUAUGAACUGUGCACUCUGCGGAGGGCAGCCUCUGCCGACCACAUGAGCGAAAUGGCUAUGGCCGAGGACUUUGAUAAGUUUCACAAACUCACACGGUCUUCGUCCAAAUGCAUUCGUGACCACCACUGCGGCGGAGCCCACUCCCAGGUAUCCAGCAUCAGGGGAAGCCAAAGUAACCUGAGUGUGCGGGACGCAGCCAUUAUGUCAGACAUGCCUCUCUCCCAGUCCCACCAGGCCACACCCUCCAGCCACAGGAAUAUACUGAUGAUGAAGUACAGUUACUCACAGGACGGGCAGGAUGGUUGUGACCAGGAUGAUGACAUGGAUGACUGUCAGACCCCCAGCCAGAGCCACCAUGUCCUGGCUGCACAUCAGUCAAUGUCCAAUGAUUUCUGAGGUAUGAGGAACAUGCAUGCCCUACAACCACACAAAUUUUCUGUUCCUCUUUGCUUGUUCCAUUUGUUUUAAAUAAAUAUGUUUGUGUUCUGCUUGGAUUCACACGAGUAGCCUACAAAUUAAGAAUGCAUAUCAUGGAAUGGUUGUGGUUAUGUAAGUAUUUUUGUGAACAAAAAACAUACACAUUCUGAUAUGAUCUAUGGUGUCCCCUUGAUUUUAAUGUAUGUAUGUUGUGGAUAUGAAGUUGUUUAUUUUCCCCCUUUGACUGUGUACAUGAAAAAUACAAUAUACAUCAUGUGUUUGCACCUGUUAUGAUUUAAUAUUUAGCUUUUUAUUGUUGAAUGGUGUUGUCUAUACAGUGUUUUUUCCUGUCAGUUAUAAUACAUUGUUCCCUCUGUAUUGUCUAGGCUACCCCAUCUCCAAAUACUGUACCUCUGUUUUGUUAUUACAUUUACAAAUGUAUUA